UCAUUCUUUUUUUUCUUUAUCUCCUUCCUUCAUCCCUUGGCUUCACCCACCCACCCACCCACUGCCUCACUCCGUCGCAGUCGUCGUCGUCGUUGUUAAACGGAUAAGCAACCGUCUCUUGCUCCACAGGAACAUCAUCUCGCAUAUCACAAUGGCGCAAUCUUGUCUUCCUUCUCUCAGAUUUAAUUCUCUAGUAUUCUCUUCUACAAAAAACCCUAGCUCCAUAUCCGAACCCAGCUUUAACCCUCUCCCUUUACUUCCCCUUCGUUCCAGGAAAGCAAGUAAAUUGAGAGGUAAUCAGAAAACUCUUCGUACUUCUUCAGUGAAAGCUGUUUAUUCUGGUGAUUAUUUCUCACCUGACAAGAAUUCAAGGCAGGGAAUAUGGUCCAUUAGGGAGGAUGUACAAGUUCCAUCAUCACCCUAUUUCCCGGUGUAUGCACAAGGUCAAGGUCCACCUCCAAUGAUGCAAGAACGUUUCCAGAGUGUUAUCAGUCAACUUUUUCAAUACCGAAUUAUACGUUGUGGUGGAGCGGUUGAUGAUGACAUGGCAAACAUCAUAGUUGCUCAGCUCCUAUAUCUUGAUGCUGUUGAUCCUAACAAGGAUAUUGUGAUGUAUGUCAACUCUCCUGGUGGAUCAGUCACUGCUGGUAUGGCCAUCUUUGACACCAUGAAGCAUAUCCGCCCUGAUGUUUCAACUGUAUGCGUUGGGCUUGCUGCUAGUAUGGGGGCUUUCCUGCUUGGUGCUGGCACGAAAGGGAAAAGAUACAGCCUUCCAAAUUCAAGGAUAAUGAUACAUCAACCUCUUGGUGGGGCACAAGGUGGACAAACUGAUUUAGACAUCCAGGCUAAUGAGAUGUUGCAUCACAAGGCAAAUUUGAAUGGAUAUCUGGCAUACCACACUGGUCAAAGCCUGGAUCGAAUUAACCAAGAUACCGACCGUGAUUAUUUCAUGAGCGCCAAAGAAGCCAAAGAAUAUGGGCUUAUAGACGGUGUUAUUGUGAACCCUCUCAAAGCUCUCCAACCACUGGCAGCUGCCUAGCAAGCAUAGGUGAUCAUUUUUAGCUCUGUAAACCAACCUUAUUAUUUGCUGCACUAAAAGAGUGUCAUGAUGCUGAAUCAUACGCACCACGUGAUGAGUCUUCUUGAUCCUUUGUCUUGGUAUUUUGUCCCGAUUAGAACUCUCUUCACAUGUUAUAACAGUAGUGUAAUAUUUUUCUUCAGUACAUCUUAUUUUAAAUGUCAUGUUUUUUCAUCGAGA